CAAUAAGCCAUGAUGCAGAGAUGCUGCGCCAUUUUUUUACUUCUGCAUCUGAUAGGAAAAGUGUCUUUGCAGGCCUCAGCAAAUAUCACUAGUUUUGUUGGAGACACCAUCAUCCUGCCAUGCCAGAUUCAACCGGGAAUUACUGAUGUGCUUUGGAGACACAAUGUAAGCUGGAAAGUGUUAAAUGUUAUUGAUGGAAAACCUUCAAUAGAAGAACAGUUUGACAUCUUCAAAAAUCGAGCCGAAAGUUUCCCUUCAGAGUAUGCAAAAGGAAACUACUCAGUUAUGUUGAAAGAUGUGGAGUUUGAUCAUGCAGGACGCUACACUUGUUUUUUUCCUGAAUUAAAUGUGGAAAAGCUGGUAGAGCUUCUUGUCAAAGAAAAGCCCACAGAACCAAUUUCAAAACCAACAAUCAAGGAUACAGAAACUCAGAAAGCAACAAACUCCUCCGUUAAAGCUCUGAAGAUUUUGACUUUCCAAAUAGCUCUUCUGGCACUUACUCUGCACCUCACAGUAUGUGAGUUUGAUUUUUAGCGUGUGUUACAUUUGAUGUCAUUUUGUAGGAGAGGUAUCUGUUAAUUACUUUUUUUCUUGCACUCUCAAUAAUUGGAUCACAUAAUUGCACAUAUUUUGCAUUUGCAAACUUGGGUUGCGUUGAAAUAUUGAGGCUGCAUAAUAUAUCACUUUACCAUAGCUAUAUAGAAUUUGUACAUCCAAAUUAGUCAAACUUAUUAUUUACUUAUUAUUAGGGGACUUAUUAUGCAAAAGUUACUUUUGUAAGUGUUUAAACAGUUGAGAAGCCACAGUCUGUGAAUGUAACCAGCUUCUAAUAGUAAAAUAAUUAUUAAUGUAAUUUUUUCGUAAUCGCACUCCAAAAUAACAGUCUGCAGAAACAAUUUGAUUGACGUCUUGUUAACGUUUUUGCAGAUUUAUAAAAAAAAAAAAAAAAA